ACGUGAGGAGCUUCUGUGACACAAUGUUUGCCUUUGUAUCCGUGGAAAAUAUUAAAAUAUGCGUGUGACGUGAGUUGAAAUAACAAAAGGCCAUUUUAUUUGCCUCGUAAUAAACGUGUUCAGACUCCGCACUGUAGAUGUCUCCAUAGAUACAAGUUUUAACACAAUAAAAUACACUGACCAAAGAAGAAAAUGACCAGGAAAUAAAGCACUGAAUGGACAGUCAUCACAACUAUUAUUUAUCAAGUAUAAAGCCCUGCUCUUAAGAAAGAGGAUGGAUAAAGUGAUCACAUGUUUUAAGAGGAAACCAGAGGCAGUGUCUAGGCUCAUCUGUUUCCCAUGGGCUGGAGGAGGGUCCAUACACUACGCUCGGUGGGGUAACGUCCUUAACAGCUCCAUCGAAGUGUUUGCGGUCAAACUGCCCGGACGAGAGUCUCGAGCCAAAGAGGCUUUUUUCCAAAACAUGCAACAGGUCGUGGACGAGAUCAUCACCGCAUUACUGCCCACAAUGAAGGAGAAACCAUUCGCUCUAUUUGGACACAGUUUUGGAGCGCUUACGAGUUUUGCUCUGGUGGAUGCUCUGAAGAAACUGCACAAUAUUGAGCCUGUUCACAUCUUUCUGUCUGGAGCCUCUGCCCCUUAUUCAGAGAUGCGUCUGAAAUACCCAAAGAGGAGUGAGUUGUCUGAUGAGGAUUUUUUGCAGUGGAUGACGUCGAUCGGAGGGACUCCUCCUGAGCUCCUGUCCAAUCCUGAGGUCAUGAAGCUGUUUCUGCCUGCACUGAAGGCCGAUCUCAGAGUUGUUGAGAGCUACAGGUGUACCAGACCAGAGCAGCCCCCUUUGUCCUGUCCAAUCACAUGUUUUGAUGGGAAAGACGACAUUCCUCAUGACUUACAAGCUUGGAAAGACAUCACAACUGGAGAUUUCACUGUUAAAAUGCUGGAUGGUUCUCAUUUCUACCUGAAAGAAGCAACAAAUGAGAAGAUUUUGUUGGACUAUAUCACAAAACAACUUGAAACUGCAGAACUGGACUAUUUUUAAAUGUGAGUUAAAUUAAUAGCCUGUUUCAUUAUUUUCUACAA